GAUCACAGUAGCCCUUCCUGAAUCUUGUAAAACCGGUGGGCCUCCAACCUUCAGCUGAAUGUGGUGUUAAGAGGCAUUAUGCCCUUGAAGGACUCAACUGCCGACUGCAGCCAGCGAAUUCUGUAGAAAUGGGGGAAAUGCCAUGCACCGCGUCUGAGGGCUCCUUUAAUAAUUACUACAACAGGCAGUUAAUAAGUUUCCAUUAUAACCAAACAGGGAAACUUGCAGACCCAAAAUAUAAGUAUCAAGGCCUGAGUGUCACCUCCGUUGUCUUCAUCAUUUUGUGUUCUUUCAUCAUCCUUGAAAACCUUUUGGUGUUGGUGGCCAUCUGCAGAUAUAAGAAGUUCCAUUCAGCCAUGUUUUAUUUCAUUGGAAACUUAGCGCUCUCGGACCUGUUUGCGGGUGUUGCUUACAUCUUCAACAUUGUGUUUUCGGGAAGCCAGACCAUGAAGCUGACACCACUGCAAUGGUUUAUCCGUGAGGGCACCAUGUUUGUCGCAUUGGCAGCAUCAGUCCUCAGUCUGUUGGCCAUCGCUAUUGAGAGGCAUGCGGCCAUUGUGAAAGUCAAACUCUACAGCGGUGACAAGAAUACUCGGAUGUGCUUGCUGAUCGGAAGCUGUUGGAUUGCCUCUGUGCUGCUGGGUGGGCUGCCGGUAAUGGGGUGGAACUGCCUGUGCCAUGUGAAUGGUUGUUCCACUGUGCUGCCUCUCUUCUCCAAGAAUUACAUUUUGUUCUGUAUCACCCUGCUCAGCAUCAUCCUUCUGUCCAUCGUCAUCCUUUAUGUGCGAAUUUAUCUGAUUGUACGAUCCAGUCACUGCGAAACUGCGGCUCCACAGACUCUGGCUUUGCUGAAGACAGUCACAAUUGUUCUUGGUGUGUUUAUUGUUUGCUGGGCACCCACUUUCAUCAUGUUACUGCUGGACUUCGCCUACACAGAAAGCAAUUUGAAGAUCCUACACAAAGCAGAAAUCUUCUUGGCCCUGUCUACACUCAACUCUGCUAUGAACCCCAUCAUUUACACUCUGAGGAGCAGGGAUAUGCGCAGAGCAUUUCUGCGCAUCCUGUGCUGCUGUUCCAUGAUGGAGAAUAAGAGCAGGUUUGAAAGCUGCUUCCCAAGUCUUCGCCACACCAGUACAUUGGACCGCUCUUACCAUAAACACAAGAUGGCAGACUCACCAACGAUGCCAGAAUGCACAACAUUUGUGUGAAUGUCUGUGCUGCAAAAGGGCCUGAUGGUGUUGAGCGACUUUACCAUGCACCAUCGAUAUGUGCACUCCACACACUUACCUGCCACAGAGACAAACACGUGCAAGAUCAGUCCUUGAGCCCACAAUGUCUGCUGUCACAACAGGACCACAGCUCAACAAAUGAUGAGCAAGUUGGAUGUGAGAUUCAGUCUAACCCCUUUCACUGUGUGACACUAUGGCAACCAGUCAGCUGACCUGUGGGAUUUAUUUUACUCUCUACAGUAACAACUUAGCAGCAGCAAAUCAGAAAUGAAUAUGCCUGACAAAGUAACCAAUGGUUGAUAUGCACAACAGAGUUUGCAGAGUCUCAUGGACAGAGUCUGUGAGCCGAGCUGCUAGAAAUCACAACGACAGACAAUGCUCAAUAGCAGAGCUUACAGGACAUAGUCUGCUGUUAAUCCAUUCUCAGACAGGAUCAUGUUUCCAUGUUAUUUGCAAUUGCAACUGGUGGCUGGAGGGAGAUGAUAAAAUAUUUUUGAGGCUAACAAGCGCACACAACAAUUUAAUAGAGCUUUGUCACAAACUCUUCUUUUUUUUUUCUCAGAUGCCACAUUAGUGUUAGACCUGACCUCCAGAGAAUGCCACUUCCAUUUAUAGUACUGUUCCCAGUGCUUCCUGCUUGGGACAUGGCCCUGUGUCUCCUACCCAUCAACAUUGCCUUGUGCUCCCUGUAUAGUGGCACUGCUGCUGCCCAGCAGCACGGUCCCCUGCCCAGUGACAUUGCUCUGCCACUAUCCAGUGACACUACCCUGUGCCCCCCUGCCCAGCAGUACUGCCCCAUGCUGAAAGGCCUGCCCUGCCUAGUGACACAGUUCUGUGCUCCCUGUAUAGUGGCUGUGCCCUUGCCCAGCAGCACUGCUCAGUGGGCUGGCACCUCCCUCUCCCCCACACUCAAUGGUAAUGCAGCACCAUUACAAUGGGAAGCAAAAUUGUUCCCCUCACUUUGACACACCAGAGGGAGGAGAGCAGCAGGAUCUCUAUGAGACAGGUUUGGAUUCAGUUCUACUAGGGGCAUAAGCUGAACCCUAUAGGGGCUAUUUAUCACCUUGAUAAUAACUUGACACUGACAGUUUGUAACUCAGCAAACUUAGAUCAUGAGGGUAGCUAAAAGAUGCAAGCCUGCUGGCCAGUUCCAGCUUGAAUGUUUAAAAUUCUAAUUGUUUUAUUUUAAACACUGGUUCACACGCCAGUUAGAAUCAGGUUUGUUUCUGCAAAUUCUGUAAUUCGGGCAUUGACUGCUCCUUUUACUUUGAUCUCUAUCACUGGUACGUGUCACGCUCUGAAAAACGGUUUAAUAUCAAAACAUAUUGUGGUUAGUUUCCAUGGGAUACUUCUGCUGUUUGAAAUUUCCAUGUAGUCAGCACCUCCCGACCAGCAUGCAGAGAAAAUUGUGGAACUUUGUAUUUGAGUCACAGAGCGUCAGGCCCGGUCCAAGACUGAUGCAGCAGCUCUGACUGCGCAGAUUUACAUUUGACAUCUGGCUCCGGAGUCCAGCUUCAGUGACUGUCUUCCACUCAACUGCAGAAGUCUCAAAACACAUUGGACAACUGGACAAUGACUGUUGAUGGUGAAACUUUCUGUAAAUGUGCUGGAAUUCUCUUUCUCAUGAAAGUAACUCAGUAUAAAAGUUUAAUGGAGCUAUGUUGCCUACAUUUCACGAAGUGAUAGAGGCAGUAACCAGUCAGUGUUUGGGAAAGCCAGGUUAUGAUACUAACACAAAUAAGGAGCUGCAGAAUCCUGGAUGGCAGUGCAAGCAGUAUCUGAUUUAUUCUCCAAUGUGAUACCAUUCUGAAGAAUGUAAAGAAAGUGACCCAGAUAUAGAGACACUCAGUGUCUUGAAGCUACCAGUGGAUCAGACUGCUCCUUUAAAUGAAGGUCAAAUUAACUUGGUUGUUUAGUUUAAAUGUUUAAGUGGCAACACUACAGCAGAAUCCAGCAAUGGAUUGGCAAUUGUUAAAUGUCUAAAUGUCAAUGUACAAAUUCAAAUUCAAAACAUAGAAUGUUAAAUGGUACGAGGACUGAUUACUGGCUGCUCAAUGAGAAUUAAUC